GGGCCGUCAUGGCCAGCCCCGUAACUUUAUCGCAUCUGUAGUACAUUCUAGGAUAUGUACGAGGAGGAGGUUCACGCUUCACAGCAAAUAAAAGGAAGACUGUAGUUCAGCCGGUUACUCUGUUGAAGGUCAUCCAUAGAUUUUCCAUUUCUCGGAUUUAUUAUUUCACGCUUUCUCUGGUGGAUAUGGCCGAGUCUGCAGCACCAGCAGUUCCAAGUGACGAGUUGUUGGAAUGGCCAAAGAAGGAUAAGCGUCGAUUUUUACAUGCUGUGUACCGCGUUGGUGAUCUUGAUAGGACAAUCAAGUUUUAUACGGAAUGCUUUGGGAUGAAGCUGCUGAGGAAGAGAGAUGUUCCUGAGGAGAAGUAUGCCAAUGCUUUCCUUGGUUUUGGCCCUGAAGACUCUCACUUUGUGGUUGAGUUGACAUACAAUUAUGGGGUCGACAAGUAUGAUAUUGGUAGUGGCUUUGGCCACUUUGCCAUUGCAACCCCAGAUGUAUACAAACUUGCUGAAGAUAUAAAGUCUAAGGGCGGAACCAUCACAAGGGAGCCUGGACCUGUGAAAGGUGGUAAAAGUGUCAUUGCGUUUGCCAAAGAUCCAGACGGUUACCUCUUUGAGCUCAUUGAAAGAGGGCCUACUCCUGAACCACUCUGUCAAGUAAUGCUUCGAGUGGGUGAUCUUGAACGCUCUAUCAAGUUCUAUGAAAAGGCAUUGGGGAUGAAGGUGGUGAAGAAGACUGAUAGACCGGAACAGAAGUACACCAUAGCAAUGCUGGGAUAUGCUGAAGAGCAAGAGACAACUGUGCUGGAAUUGACAUAUAAUUAUGGUGUGACAGAAUACACAAAAGGCAAUGCAUACGCACAGCUUGCAAUAAGCACUGAUGAUGUUUAUAAAAGUGGUGAGGUCGUAAAUGUUGUAACUCAAGAGCUUGGAGGGAAGAUUACCAGGCAACCGGGACCAAUUCCUGGAAUCAAUACCAAGAUUGUGUCUUUUGUUGACCCAGAUGGUUGGAAAACAGUUCUGGUUGACAAUCAAGAUUUUCUGAAGGAGCUUGAAAAGAAAGACUGACUGUGUUAUGAAAAUGUUUCUGGAUGGAUCAGAUAGACUUGCUUUGAACUAGGAGAUAAAUAAUGCCUGCAACUUUAGCUAUCGUGUAACUGCAGUGCAAUGCUUGUGUUUUGAUGCUAUGUCAACUGGCCCUGUAUUUAAAAGAUAUGAUUUUGGAACAGUUACUUCAGUCUCUGUUGAUAUUGAUAUUAGUUUGCUGUUCUUGUGAUGGUAAAA